AUGAUACGCAAGCAGGAAUACAAACAUUGCAGCUGCUUUCUGCUAUUUGUUAUUUCACAGAGGAGUACAGUCGUCACCCUGGCUUCUUCAAGUGAUAUCCGAGAAAAACUGCGCAAUAAGCGGCGAGCUUUGCAAGGCACUUUGGUAAAAAACAGAAAUGAAGACGACGUCCAGGACCCUCAAAGCAGCGAGGAAGACCCAGGAGAGACUCUGAAACGCACAUUAAGAGCUCAAAGACAGAGGCGGAAGAAAAGGCUGCUUGAACAGUCUACAACCCAGGAUGAUGAUGAAGAUGGUGAUGUGGAGGAGAUCUCCACCAUCCAGCACCACACUGAAGAUGAGGGAUCAGCUGAUAAGACAGCUGACUCAGUGGUUUCAUCAAGACCUCCAACUGGUUCUCAGAGAGGUCACUCUUCAAUAAUUCACACUUCCAGCUCUCAACAAUUAGACGACUUUGUGACACGGCGCCUGGAGGAGAAGCUGAGAGCGGCCAGGUCUAAAGGUGAGAGCCUCCAGCUACAGGAGGCCUCUCUAGAGCCACCCAGUCGCCUGCAGAGCCUCAGAGACAGAGACACCGUAACAAGGUUUGACAGAGAGGGUGAUUCAGACAGGGACGGCAGACAUGAUGUCCCUCUGUCACUUGGCACCAGGGUCAAGUUCCGAGAAUCAGCAAGACGAGCAGAAAAAGGCCUGCCGACUGCGGAGGAGGCCUACAAUUUCUUUACAUUCAGCUUUGAGCCAGAUCCUGAAGAUAAGACUGAGAAGACGAGUAGGAAAAGACAAAAGCAGAGAGGAACAACAGAAGAGGACAGAGAUAAUGAAGGAGAAGAGGAAAUUGAACAGCAGGAAGAUGCUGAAGUCGACGAAGAUAACCAAGAUGAAAAUGAAGAUCAGGGUGAAGAAGCUCCUCUUGUGCAAGAUAAAGAGGAUCUAUUCGUCAUUGAACAAUCAUCCCAGGACUUCUUGGAAGUGAAGAAAGCAGAGUAUGCUGGGUACCGAAAACUUUUUCAGAGAGAAAAUGAAGUCCUAUACACGCCAAGUUUUCAAACAGUCCCAACCUCCAUUAAACUGCCUGAAAACAUGAAGCCCCGUUAUCUGGAGGAUGAGGGCCUGUACGUAGGAGAGAGGCCCCCUGUGUCUCUGACCAAUGAGAACAUUCUGGAGAACCGCAUUUUGAAAAUGGAGGAGGGAAAAAAGUGGUUUGGAGAUGAUGGCAGAAUCAUGGCUCUGCCUGACCCAAUAAAAGAAUCAUCCACAAGACCUCCUCUCUUUCACAUGGAGGAGGACCUGGACCCCGCACUGCACACUGUGCACAGGAAGGCACUCAAAUCCAAGUAUGCAAAUCUGUACAUUGCUGGUGCAGCAGACCCUGAGGGAGACUACCAGCUUGAUGUUGAUGUCUCGGGACUUAUCUUCUCUCAUCAUCCACUCUUCAGUCGCGAACACGUCCUGGGGGCCCGUCUGGCCCAGCUGUAUGACAAGCACCUCACCAGGCAGCACAAUAACGUCACAGGACACCUCACUGACAAGUUGAACGGAUUGAGGAACGCACUGAGAAACAUCCUUGAGAUCCACGGCGGGCAGAGCCUCACUCAGGCCAUGCAGCAGCGGAUAUCUGAGUACAGUCUGGAAAUUAGGAACACUCGGCAGCUGCGAGACAGCGAGCAGGAGAAAGACAGGACUCUUCUGAAGAAUGUAGUUAAAGUAUGGAAGGAGCUCAAGGCCCUGAGAGAGUUUCAGAAGUUCACCAACACUCCCUACAAGCUCUAUCUCAGAAGGGAAACUGUUGAUCGUGUGACAGAUGAGCGAGAAUUCGAAGAUGAAAUCUUGGCAGAGGUUGUGGAGUUGGAGGCAGAGAGCGAGGAGGACUACCAGAAAAAGCUGUCUGAGUACAAGAAACAGCUGGAGGAGUGGAAACUCUGGAGAGGGAAACAGAAAGCCAAAAAGAAGAGGAGAAAAAAGAAGAAGAAAGGACAGUCACAGGAUGAGACAGAAGAAGAGGAAGAUACUCAGGAACUGAGUGAAUCGGAGGGGCCCGUUGAAGAAGGCCCCCCAAAGCCAGAGCCUCCAGAGAAGCCAGACUUUGACUCAGUAGAGCAGCAGGUCAGAGAGAAAGCCUUCAAGAUACGCAGGAAACCAGGAGAGCCCAUCCUGGUCCCUGAGCUGUCUGCAUCUGGAAACAUCACUGCCAGUGAACUUUGCCCCAGGGCUGAAGUAGCUAGAAGAGAAGAUGUUACACGACGCUCUCUUUUCAUCAAGAUCUUAUACAACGACAAAGAAGUUUCCCGAACGGACAGCCGGCCCCUCAACACUGAUUUCAGAGUGCACUUUGGCCAGAUUUUCAACCUCAAGAUAGUUAAUUGUCCCCAAAGCAUUAAUUUGCAGGUGUUUGAGGAGAUUGGCUCAUCGUGCUCCCUCCUCGCACAAGUGUACAUUCCAGUGCCAGAGCCCACAGUCUUGACAGGCAACGUCCCUCUUGAGGAAUUUGAGUUCAGCAGCAACCAGAGAGUGAUGUUCGACCACGAGGGCGUGGGAAGCGAUGUGCCCCUCUCCUUCGAGGCUGAUGGAAGUAACAAACAGACCCUUUUGACCUCUGGGAAGGUGUCAUGCUGUGUUUCUUGGGGGAUCGGGGAGGAUGAUGUACCCCUCGCCCCUCCUGUGUCUCAACAACCUGGCGGCAUACACAGUCAUCUUGAUGCUGUCACCUUUAUCGGGGCAUCUGGACUUUACGACAUGAAAAAAAUCGGGGAGUGGGCCACACAGUCACGACUGGACCCCAACGAUCCAAAAAAUGCUUCUAUCAUGCAGCUGCUCAAAGUGGCCAGCAGUGGAGAGGUGACAGCUCCGGAGUAUUUCCGUCUGGAGCAGCUGCAGGAAGAGUUUAACUUUGCGACUGAUGAAGAGUUGGAUAGGUCCAAAAGAUUCCGCCUGCUCAGGCUGAGGAACCAGGAAGUUGCAGAGUUUCGGAAUUACAAGAGUGUUCCCGCUCUGGAAAGAGAGGUCACUGAUAAAGUGUUCCAGGAAUACGAGAAGAGGCUGAAAGAAGGAGAGAUAAUUGACACCAAAGAACAUCUGGAUUCACACAGAGCCUUAGUAGCCAAAUAUCUUCAAAAGAUCCGAGAAUCAGUCAUCAACAGAUUUCUUCUUGCCAAGCAUCACUAUCUUCUAUCUGACUUGGUCAUAGAAGAGGAGAUACCGAGCAUUGGGAUUCUGGGAUUAAAUCUUUUCAAGCUGGCCGAACCUAAGCGGCCACUGAAACCUCAGAGGAAAGAAAGAAAGAAGGUGACAGCUCAGAAUCUCUGUGACGGAGACAUUAAAGUGCUGGUCAACAUCAUCCGGGCAUACAAUGUGCCCACCCGCAGGCCUCAGAGCAAUAAUCCAGGACAAGCAUCUCAGACUGCCCUCCAGAGCAGUGAUUGGCUCCUCAGUCAGGUACAAGUGAGACCGUUUGUGGAGAUUUCCUUCCAGCGCACAGUACUUCAAACAACCACAGCCGAUGGACCGAACCCCUGCUGGAAUGAGGAGCUGCAGCUGCCAUUCAGUGCCCCAAAUGGUGACUACAGCACUGCCAGCUUGCAGUCAGUCAAAGAUGAAGUCUUCAUCAACAUAUUUGAUGAAGUGGUUUAUGAAACUGGAGUGAAUGACAAAGACAGAGGAAAGUCGACACACACCUGGGUGGAGAAGCACUGGCUGGGCUCUGUCAAGAUUCCUUUCAGCACCAUUUAUUCUCAGUCCAGGAUCGAUGGAACAUUCAAGGUGAACACACCUGCAGUGCUGCUGGGGUACAGCAAGGAGCGGCUCCAUGGAAAUAAUGGCGGUUAUGACACGUUGAGAAGUCUGAGUGAGGGAGCAUUCAUCACCAUGUUCAUCACUAUCGAACCUCAGCUGGUGCCUGGAGAGUCUAUCAGGGAAAAGUUUGACAGCCAAGAGGAGGAGCAUUUACUGCAGGCUGCAGAGAGAUUUGAGAGAGAUGUUGCACUGGGCUACCCGGACCGACCCUGUAUUUGCACGGUCAUAGAUCUCAAUGGGAAGACGGUCUUCAUCACACGUUAUAUCCGGCCACUCAACCCGCCACAGGAGCUACUGGACGCCUUCCCCAAUAACACCCAGGAGACCACGGCCCUGGUUGCUCGAUUUGUCUCACUCAUCCCAUCUCUGCCUGACAGAGUUUCAUUUUCUGGUGUCUGUGACCUGUGGAGCAGCUGCGAUCAAUUCCUCACCCUCCUGGCAGGUGAUGAAGAGGAACACGCUGUACUGUUGUGCAACUACUUCCUAUCAAUGGGCAAGAAAACCUGGCUUAUCAUUGGUACUGCUAUACCAGAGGGACCCACGGCGUAUGUCUUGACCCAUGAGCAGAGCCGCUACCUGAUCUGGAAUCCCAGCAGCGGUCAGCACUACAGCCAGUAUGACAGCUUCUGUCCACUGCAAACAGUUGGAUGCCUGGUCAAUGCUGAUAAUAUGUGGUUCAACAUUCAAGAGUACACCUUACCAAUGAGGAUGAGUUUUGACAUCACAAAAAACAACUUGUGGAAACCAUUUUUCUCCCGAUCGUUCUCUCACCCGGGGUUGUCGAGUGUACAGCCAGAGGAGCUGGUAUAUCGCCGCUCAGACAAAGCAGCUGCAGCAGAGCUUCAGAGCAGGAUUGAGAAGAUCCUGAAGGAGAAGAUCAUGGAGUGGCGCCCUCGUCACCCAACCCGCUGGAACCGCUACUGCACCUCCACCCUAAAACAAUUCCUGCCCAAAUUGGAGCUGAGCGGGGGACGGGACGUGACUGAAGGGCACCGUCAUGAGUUGCAGAGCCUGCUGGGAGACAACAGGAUUUCGGGAUUCCCCCUGCAUCUACCAUUCUCUGAGAUUCGGCCUAUCAUAGAGGCAGUGUACAGCACAGGAGUUCACAAUGUUCAAGCAUCAAAUGUGGAGUUUGCCCUGGCUGUGUAUGUGCACCCCUACCCUAAUAAUGUCCUUUCUGUGUGGGUGUACCUGGCCUCACUUGUCCGGACAUGACGUGACCCUUCUCUACCACAGUGCUUUGCAGCUGUUGUGUAUGUAUAUAAAUGACCUUCAGUAAUUUAAAUUGAAGACUUUAUGUUUUUAGAUUUGCUGCCACUAUUGUAUAUCUCAUCAUGUAUAGGAGGAGGAUACUCAUUGAGUAUCAAAUACAACAACCCUGCAUUAAAUCCCAUCUUGCUUUUCUUGACUGUCAAAUAGCUAUUUUUGAGGUUAUAGCUUGUGUUGCUGUUAUUAUGGAUGGUUUUACAAUGCUGUUCUAAUGUUUUGUCUACCUACGCUUACGUACUUGGAGAACAGAAGCAUUAAAAUAUACAGAAACACUUUUACA